AUGCUUUACAUUGGCGCAGUCGUUGGGGCCUAUGCACUGUACAAAGCCUGGCAGUGUUCCAGUGCUCCGCAUGUCCAAGAGCUCCGAGCAGAGGAGGCCAUGUUUCGGCUUUUGGAUGAUUCUGAUGAAAGGCUGCAGAAGCGUGAUGGGGCUCGCGGGAAGUUCCUGGAAGCCUUCGCAGGGAAUGAGGACUACCCGUUCCACACAGUAGAGGACGCUUACAAGAACCGCUCCGUUUACUAUGGCACCAUGCAGGCCAACGUCAUGGCUGAAGCGGUAUGUGCCUUUCGCCACGGUGGAGCAAGCAUACUGUCCUGCCGACCAGGCUACGACGCGCUUGUGGCAUUCCGCCCAGUGGAAGGCGCAACCAAAGAAGCAGUGUCAAACACGGCAGGAAAGUCUGAGGCAUCUGAUUUGCAGUUGAAGGACAAUGUUGUGGAGUUGAGCGGUGCUUUGUUCUGGGUAACUCAAUGUGAGAUUGAGGAGGUGACCCGGAAAGGUGUCACAGGACAUGAAGCUAGUUUGAAGGGGGUUGGUCUCUUGGGAAGACGACUCGAGACAGCCUUGCGUCCAUCCUUGCACCCAAGUGGUCAGGAGGUGUGUCUCAAAGUGCGCUUGUUUGCAGGAGACUAUUUGGCCAGAUACCAGUGUGCCAUGGAGCUACAACAUGAGCCACCCCUUGAGAGGAUGCUAGAAAAGAUGGUCCUGAACCCAUGGCAUCCUGAGAAGGGAACUUAUAGCCCUUGCAGACCCUUUCAGAGGCAGUUGAUGUCAAUCAAUGAGGACCAGGAACGUGCAGUGAAGUCCUUGAAGUCACGGGUGGAAACCAUUCAUGGCCCACCAGGCACUGGCAAAAGUACAACUAUUUUUCACGUGUUGAGUGCACGACUGCCUCAUGGAGCUGCGGCUGUGGUCACCUGCGUGACGAACCAAGCAAUCAAUGCCGUAACGGAGAAGUUGUCAAAAACGCAUGAAGGGACCGAUGGACUACGGAUCCUUGUUCUUGGAAAUCCUAGUCGAGUUGGGACAACUGCGGGAACGUAUACUCUUGACAACUUGUGCCAAAGAGAUGCCUUGGUUGUGAACAUGAAGUGGGCUCUCAAUCUUUUGCAAAAGGUCUUGAAAGCGGUGGAACAAUUGCAAUGGGCCAGGCAGGAACGGCUUUGGAGACCACACCAGCGCUCGCGGUUCGGUCAGGCAUACAUUGAAGGGCUCCCGGUUAUCCAGAGAUACAGAGCCGAGCUUGAAAGAGACAACGUGCAACGCAGACGCCAAUUGAUGCCUGAAGAAAUCUAUGACCCUGUGAAGUUCUACUUAGAACGACUCAAUUCCACAAAGCAGAAGAUGGCUUUGGCAGUUGUGAGAAGCAAGCCUUUACGCUUGCCUUUCAGGAAGUUCAGAGGGUUCUUGCCAAGCAAAACUUGGGAGGUAGAAGUCUUCCAUGAGCGCCUUCGGAAAUGUGUGGUCAAAGCUGAUAAUGCACUCAGGGUGGCAAGGGAUACGGCUCCUUCCAGGGUGGUCCGCAACACUCGAGUCUUCCUUUGCACGAUCUCUUCCAGCUACCAGGUGAGAACGCUUCAAGAAUAUUUUCCCAAGGAUUUUCCAGGCCGCUUAGCUAUGAGUAUUUUGGAUGAAGCUGCCGCUACGGCUGAGACCUAUGUUCCUUUGGUGAUUCGCAUUGGAGUGGAGAACCUUGUGAUGCUGGGAGACCACAAGCAGUUGAAUCCCUUGGUCCUGGCCACUGGUGGAGAUCAGGUGAUCAAGGACAAGAAUGUGGACCGCAGCUUCAUGGAGCGGGCUAUGGCCUGCAAUUGUCCUCUCCAUCCAUUGCGGACACAGUACCGGAUGCCAGAUGUUUUGUGCAAGUUGGUCUCCAAACUAUUCUACAGUGGCCAUUUGCGCAGUGACAGUGACCUCACCAGUCGCAUGAGAAACCUAUGUCUUGGCUGCUCUCCUUUACGAUGGUUUGACAUCCAAGACAGAGAGAUGGAGGUGGGCACCUCAAAGAUCAACUGUGCGGAGGUCAUGCAGAUCGUGGCAAGGCUAUAG